AUGAUAGAGUCAUUCCAGAAAACAGUAGAAGAUAAUAAAGAACUGUCAGAUGUGACCUUUGACUGGAUUAUGGUGGACAUUGAUACAUAUAAAAAAUCUCACCAAGAAGAAGAAUUUCAUUUGAUUACUAUGAUGAAUGUAUUGGAAUAUGUUAAUGAUGUAGAUGAUAUGUUGGCUUGGAUAUGUAACAGUGUAGCUGACAAUGGUACAGCUAUACUAACUGUCUCUGCAGAUAAUAACAUUUUGUCGAGAUUGUGGGAACAUUUUCCUGAUCUUAUUGGUACAUAUUUAAAGCAGAGUGUUCAAGGAAGUGACAUUGAAGCACGUUUGAAAAGUAUUACCACCACAGUUGAUGUGAUCAAGUCAGACUUCACCAUAGAGUUUUGUUGUAACGAGAACUCCCUAGACGGGAAUUUAGUUCUUGACUUUCUCACUCAUAAGAUUAAUUUCAGAAAGACAGCAUCGCCGGUCGAUAUUCAACGCGUUUUAUCUUUUCUGUUUUAUGCCAGUGCUGUCAAUAGUGAAAAACAAGAAGGGAAUCUUGUGCUUCCAAAUGGAUAUAAUUUUGUUAUUGAGAGACCACCCUUGAAAUAUAAUACAAAUCUAUUAGAUUUUGGUAGAGAUUCAAAUAUGGUUGCCAUGGAAACAACAAUUUUGAAAAUUAUUGAUUUACAAGUCAAAUCAGGGACUGAUAUGCUGGAAAAGUAG